AUGGCCCCGAGAUGGACGCAAAGCUCCCCUGGCCGGCUAUUCGGCGGCCAGAGUCCAUCUCGCUCUCUGCUACAGAGACAUGUAUAUUCGUCUUCGCCAUUCUCUGCUUCGGCUGGAUCUCGGUCAUAUGAAGACACGCUGCCACACUUGAAGAUAGGAUCUCACACCAGGGUUCUCUUCCAGGGGUUUACCGUGAUAAAUAUGUACAUUCUAACAGGUAAACAGGCAAACAGGUACUUGAAUUCUGCGUCUAGAACUAGUGAACUGGGAACUAAUGAAGUACAGGCGACGGCCAAUGUCAAGGAGUCACUGGCAUGGGGGACAAAGAUUGUUGGAGGCGUCAAGCCUGGCGUCGAGGGUGAACAUCUAGGACUGCCCAUUUUUCCGUCAGUUCGCGUGGCACAAGAAAAGGCCAAACCAGAUGCAUCUGCAGUAUAUGUGCCCGGGAAUCAGACGGCCAAGGCCAUAGAAGAAGCUCUCGAAGCAGAAAUACCCCUUAUUGUCGCUGUGGCAGAGCAUGUUCCCAUCCACGACAUGCUGAAAAUACACUCCAUGCUCAAAACACAGUCUAAAUCCAGGCUUGUUGGCCCAAACUGUCCCGGAAUCAUCUCUGCCGUCGGGAAAUGCAGAAUUGGGUUCCAGCCUCUUCCAUGCUUUGCACCGGGCAAUGUAGGCAUAGUAGCUAAAUCAGGCACGUUGGGCUAUGAGACUGUUGCAUCUACGACGAGAGCCGGGCUGGGACAGAGUUUGUGUAUAGGCAUGGGCGGUGAUGUGCUUGCCGGUACAGACUUUGUGGAUGCGCUAAAGGUGUUUGAACACGAUGAUGAUACCCAUGGUAUUAUCAUUGUGGGUGAGAUAGGUGGUGAGGCGGAGAUGGAAGCUGCAGAGUGGAUCAAGGGGUAUAGGAGGAGGAUUUCAGAAGCGAAGUUUAGACCAAUCAUGGCGCUGAUUGGCGGUAUCGAAGCCCCUCCCGGACGAGUAAUGGGCCAUGCAGAUGCAGGUGCCUGGACAGCAGAAGGUGAACCGGAUGCCAGAACCAAGAUACAGGCAUUGCAGUCUGCGGGGGUGGUCAUGGUCGAUCACCCGGAGAAGUUUGGUGAAGGUAUGAAGGUAUUGUUGGCUGGUGCUGGUAGGAGACCCAAACCGAUAAUCCGACCAUCUAAGCCAGCAAGGUCUCCUCAAAGGAGGAUGCUAUACAUCAAAUCCUCUGAUGCAUUCGGACUUCUUAAAGAACAAGACAUCUCGGUCGUCGAGUCAAAAGGCCCGGCUAAUUUCACCCUUGCCAUCGCUAUAGACCGUAAAACGUGCGGUCCCUGCAUAACAGUAAGCAACAGCACAGAUGGCAACACCCACAAGUUUCCAUUCAACUAUCAUGCACGAAACUUUGACAUUGCAUCUGUAAAAGAUACUCUUGGUUUCACUAAAUAUCCUUCCAUGGCCACUGAGUCCUUGGAGAAACUUCUGCACGGGUUGAUGAACAUUUUUGUGACAAAGGAGGCAUUUCUGCUCGAGGUGAAAGCUGGUAUCGCUCCUGAUACAAAUAAUAUACAGAUCAUUGAUGCGCGAUUUGGGUUCGACGACGCUGCGUACCGUAGCUCAGGAAGACAGGGCGAUAUCCAUGUCCUGCGAAAUAAAGCUGAUGAGGUUCCUGCUGAAGUUGAAGCAGAAAAGGACGGUAUAGUGUACAUCACCCUCCCUGGAGAAGGCCGUAUAGGAACCCUUGUAAACGGCGCUGGCCUGGCCAUGAACACCGUCGAUGCCCUCACCCUCCACGGCGGAAGCUGCGCCAAUUUCCUCGACACCGGCGGCAAAGCUACUGCAGAAACCGUCAAGUCGUCCUUCCGAGUCAUCCUAUCUGAUCCGCGAGUAAAGGGCAUCUUUGUCAACAUCUUCGGCGGCCUUACCAAGUGUGAUAUGAUUGCUGAGGGUAUCAUGAUGGCCUUCCGUGACCUGGGUAUGAAAGUCCCAGUGGUAGUUAGACUAAGAGGAACAAACGAGGAACUCGGCCAAAAGAUGAUAGCGGAGAGCGGGUUGCCUCUCCACGCCUUUGACUCUUUCGAGCAAGCUGCAAAGAAGGUCAUCAGCUUGUCAAAGUAA